CCUACUUACCACCUGCCACUUACCAUUACUGCUUACUACGACCGGGAGAUGGCGCUGUGCUAAGCCAAGUGUCGAUUUGUUCAGUGAUUUUUGAAUAGCAUGAAAGUGACAGUGCAAUGCUUCAGCCCAGGGUGUUAAUAAGUGCAAUGGGGUCGAGAAACUGUGUUAAAUGGGGUGCUAUUUUAGUACUUUUUUGUGCAACUUUAACGAGAUGUCAAGAAUUAAAUGAAAAUGAACAAAUAGAAGCAACUAGAAUAAAAAGAGAUGGAGUUCCAGAAAACAGGGCAUUUAACACAAAUGCUAUUGUAUAUGAUAACACACCAUGGCGACCCGGAAGAGACACAGAUUUAUCCCAAAGACCAGCAGAUGACGACGAGAGAAAGUUAAGAAAUCUGGCCACACGAAUCAUGAAUAACGGUGUGGAAGUUUUGGUGAGGGAUAAGAGCUCAAGGGGAAGAGAAGAAGAGACUAAAUAUAUGGAAUUCAAAACUAUUCAACCAACGGCAUCUCAAACAGCAUACUUUAGCAAUUUACCAAAAGUUGAGAAACGGAUAGACCAUAAUAUUCAUGAUGGUAAUGGAUUUGAUUUGAUACAACCAUCUGAGGUAAGCCAUUUUCCAUGCGUCUCUUCGUGCUCGUGCAGCAAUACAAAAACUGAUGAACUUAAAAGUAAGCAUACCAAUAAAGUCCAAACCAACGAGCAAAUCAUAAAAACAACAAAACAAGAUGUUAGUAUAAGUGAUUUUAAAACAACAGAGAAAGAGUCAUUACAAUUAAAAACUCAGUAUCAUCCGUAUGAUUACGAAACAAGUUCAAAGACACCAACAGACAAAAUAGUAGAAAAAUACACAGAAGUAGUUAAUGAUUACCCAGAUGAUAAAAAUUCAUUAGAUUUAAAUGACUUACUGACCAAUGAACAAGCACCAACACGAAUAAAAAAUAAUAAACUGGUCAACAAUAAAACUUCGGAAAAAAUAAAACAAGAAAAACCCCAAAAAGUUAAUAAAAAUAAGUUAGUUGUGGCGGAACUAAUAAAGCUAGGUUCUUUAGGUAUUAAAGGUUUGUCCCAGUUGGCACCUGUUUUUGAGAAGAUGACAGGUAGUUUUAUGAAGCGUCAAGAGAUCAAUAAUACAACCACUACGACAUCAAAACCAGCCACGAAAGUGAUCCCUUAUAAUGCCCAUAAGCGCGUUGAUAGCGACAUUGAAUCAAAGCAUGACAACUUUCCAAUAUAUAUUCCCGUGGACGAAAUGGAAACAUCUGAAUCACAAACCCCAUUUUCAAAUAUAUCAAUAAGUCAGAAUUUUCCAUGGGCGUUUGAUUACAAAUAUAAGAAAGCUAAUUUGAUGCCAUCAAGCAUGGUGCACGAAAGUCCUCUUGUGAAUGGUGGCAUACCAAUAAGUCCUGGUGAAAUAAUACGUGCAAAUUCUGACGUAAUCGUUGGUAAGCCAGCGGUAGGUGGACCUUUGACACUUGCUGCAAGUGGUAUUAAAUUGCAUAAUCCCAUACAUCCACCACUUGACAGCUUCAUGGCUGAUAGUGAACAAUAUAUUGUAAGUGAAAAGGAACCGCCAUUUAAGAAGUCUAGUGCUAGCGAUGAUGAUUCCUAUGAUUUAAGACCACCUGAACCUCCAAAAACAAAACAAAUACCACACAGAGCUCCUAAUAGAUAUUCAGGGUCUUCUGUAUCAUUUGGCCAUCCACAACAUAAUACUAGGCCAGUAGAGUCAGGACAAGAAAAUAAAAUGAAAAAUAAGGCUGUUAUUUACGAUCGUAGUAAACCUGUAUUUUUGGAUUAUGUUCCGUCAAUAUCAUCUGUAUCAUCAAAACAAGAAAUACCAUUAAAACAUCAAGCAGAUGUAUCAACUGGUCUCUACAAUAAAAAGGAUGAUGUUACAAUUGAUACUUCAGAUAGCAGUCCUAGUUCUUCGGAGGUAGUGAAUAUCAAAAUAGAUUCUGCAAAUAUACAGUUUUCUGACUCAGAAGAUCCAAUCGGCUCACCUUUAUUGGUGAAUAUUCAACCAUCUAGUGUGGCUAAUGUGUUGAUACCACACGGAAGUUCUACAGCCUUAAUUUUUGCAGGAUCUUCAGAACCUCAUAAAACAGGAGAUUAUGUUGACGAUCCUUUGCCAUAUUCUGAGCCCGGUUAUUUUGGAAGUUUUAGUAUUGAUGCACCACAAAUGACAAACGUACAUAGUGUGUCACCAAAUAAAGGUCAAUUAUUGAAUGUACCAGGUCCUAAUUCACCUAAAGAUAAGCCAACACAUUAUAAUAAAAAUAUUAAUUAUGACUCUAAUUCAAAAUGGUCUGAACACAAAAUAAGUAAGCCCAGUUACAUCCCUCCUCCAACAAGCAAUCAAGAAACACAUGUUCGCGUUGGACCGGAUAUAACUGUUUAUAACCCCGAUCAAUUUAAAGGUGAUUUUGAAAAAUACAAGGAUAGUAAAAAGUAUCCUAAAUCUAAGGAUAGCAAAAAUAUUAUUGAUAAAGAAUAUGAAAAUUAUUUGGCAGUGCCACCACCUCCACCGAAGCAACAAUAUAACCAAGAUAAUUAUCACAACAAAGUUAAGCAAUAUAACCAACGACCAAUUGUACAAACUAAACCGGUCAAAGAUUUGAAUGUUUUUCUAUCAGUCCAACAUCCUGUUCCUCAGCAAUCACCCCCAAGAGUUACAUCUGAAAUUUAUUUUGCAUCACAGAUGCCAAAUCAUCCACCAACUCCAGUAUAUAAUAUUCAUGUUCCAGCAAAUGUUAACCCAAUGAAACCGUUGAAUAAAAAUUCGUUUUCCGUUCUGACCUCGCAAAAUACAGGUAUAAAUAAUUCACUUGCAAUAAAUGAACAUAAUAACGAACUUUAUGCAGUCACCGUAAAUACCGCCACUGGAAUGAAAAAUAAUGCUAAUUCAGGACACAUAAUGGGAACAAGUAUUUCAGUUCCCAUAAGUACGUCAGAACAAAAUGGUCAGCUAAAUGCAAAUAUUCCUAUCGGCACAAACUUCGCAAUAAGAGUAGAAGAUGACCCAAAAAAGUAUGAAACGGUCGCAUUUCAUGGUAAGCCUGACCCAAAUCUUAUAUACAAUGGUAAUAAUGAUGAAAUAAUACAAUAUGGUCAGACUCAUAGAGAAAAUGAAGGUAAAAUUGAUAAGUAUUCAACAGCUGUGCAGGAUAUCUCAUCAAUAACUAAUAGUCAUGCCAAUUUCCCGAUGAUACGAGAACACUCUUUACACAGCACCUCUAAUCUGAAUAAACAAGGGGAAAAUAAGUUAUCUAGUAUUCAAAAAAGUCCAGAAAAAUCAACAUUAACUACAACCAACUCACAUGGUUGGUACGCUAGUAUCCUCAAUGAUGGAAAUUUAAAAAAUAUUAACAACGUAGAGACAACUACAAGAAAAGUAAUACCUGUAACGUUUGAUUUGAAUAAGGAUAAUAACUUACCACACUUCAGUAAGAAAAUGUCAGGUGUGGGAAUUCCACCUACGGAUCUAGUACACAUGAAUAAUAAAUUUAAUAUUGGCCAACCUUUUUCAAAACCCAAACAAUCUCUCAGCCAAGUAGAAAAUAUACAUCUUCAGAAUCAGGCUAAUUUAUACAAAUUUCAAGAAAAUAAUAGGAAUAACAACACCAUGGGGUAUAAUGAAAGAUAUACAACAAGAAAAACACCAGAAAAUAAGUUCGUUUAUGAAAAUUCUGAUGAAGUUUUUGAUGGUGAUGACUCUUAUGAAGAAAAUGAAAGGGAAUCAGAGGGAGAAAUUAGUUCAGAGUCAAUGAAAAUACCGAUAGUUGCUUCAUCCAGUAACAAUCAUAAUAUGUCAAGCAAUAAAAAUAUUUCCAAAAAGCCAAUUGAUGAUCAAAAAUUAAGUUCUAAAGAUUUUAAUUUGGAUACGCAGACUGAAAAACCUUUUGGAAGCUCUAACAAAACAACAUUCCAUUCCAACAGCAUGAAACCUAUUUUCAAUCGAAAUCCUUAUAUGAAACCUAGGCCUUUCACAGUAAGCAGUUCUAUACCUCUGGAUCAUCAACUUCAACAACCACAUUGGCAAAUUAAUCACAUGAUGGAAAAUGGUACAAAUGCUUCGUAUGAGGACAGUUUUGAAUUAAAUACUGGCGAAGAGGUGAGAAAGAAUGUCACUGAUGUAACAACACAUAGAUUGAAUAUUUCAAACAUAAGAUUCGACAAUAUAGACACUAUUCAAAAUAGAUCUAGUUUUAACAAUGAUUCAAAUAAUAUCAUUACUUCUGUUAAGCAUAUCAAAGAUAAAAAACCUUUGAUUCUGGAUAUACCUCAAAACUCAGUAUCACCACCAUUCACUGUUGCUACAAAUGUAAAUAAAAACAAAACUCUUAGUGAAACUACAGAUUUAGCACCACCUUCACUAAAAACUGAUUAUAAGAAGAGGCCUGUACAAAAUAAUGAGCUCAUAAUGGGUAUGAGUCCACCGCCACUAGAUUUUUCAGGUAGCAGAUACCAAUCAAAACCGGCGCAACCUACAAGACCUGCAAUACCGGUGCGCAAUCCACCUCCUUAUCGAAACAUACCACCAAGAACUUUACCGCAAAGACCAGUCAUCCUAAAAAAACCAACCAUUAAAGAUGAAGUGUCAACUUACAGACCGACUUAUGACCUUGCAAACAAAGUAAAGAGACCACAAUAUAAUCGAGACCAACCAUCCUCCUUAUUAUUACCACCACCAAGGGAACUACCAACAAAAAUAUUAACCAGUAUUGAUAUUGUUCGGCCAACUUUGCCAGCCUCCUCAAUUUCUAAAGUGAUUUUCCCUACCCCUAUAUCCUCAGGAUGGUUAACAUCAUCUGGAGUUGAUUUUUCUUCUAAAUUUAACUUUGAUCCGAUAUCUGAACAAAAUUAUAUAAUAACUUCCGCAAAACCGCAGCUGGACCUUAACUUAUCAGAUACAUUAAAUGAAAACUCAUAUUCUGAUGAAGACAUAUCUUACGGCCAAGAAAGUGAUAGUAGUUUAGAAAAAACAGAAACAGAUAUAACUACCGCAAGAAAUGCUGUUGUCGUGAUCAAACCAGGAAAUAGUGAUAUAAACAUAGAAGAUACGGUAACUCAAAAUAGAGUUAUAUCAAUGAAUAACAAAAACAGGACCAGAAAACCAUAUCCUAUUCGAAAUAGCGAUUUAAAAACAAGUGAAUACAAAACCCCGCAACAAACAAUCAGUCAUAUUAUAAAGCCAACAAGAACUUUACCACGUCCAGAAAUUUUGUAUUCAACUCAACACUCUUCAGUUUAUGAGAAGACUCAACCUUUAUCUACUCCCUUGCCCACUAUAGAAUCAUUGGAUAUAAUAGAAAGUUCAGAAACUUUGUAUGAAGAUGAUUUUAUUAGACCCACCGAAAUCCUUAAUGAAUACGAUGUGCACACAACUUCACCUGAUAUAACAGCUGUUAUUGAAAAAACCAUAACUUCAACACUCACUAUUAGUAAGGAUCAAGAAACCUUAAAAACACAAUCUGUUCAUCACGCAGGCAAUGAAGUCAAGAUAUCCGACGAAAUAAUACCUACCAAAACAGAAUUUAAAACAACAGUCGUUACUCUUACUAAAACUCUAUCGGAACCGCCCAAGACCAUAUCAAGUAUCGGAUACGUAAAUCUAACUCACACACUAACGGUUACUCACACAAAGACAAGUCUCGUUAGCCAAUCUGAAGGGGCUGUAACUCAGACACUGGUUUUAACUAAUACCCACACAUCAACAGUUGUGGAUGUAGUCACAGAAGUUUACACUCAGGUACAACCAACAACAAUAGUAGAAACGGUCACGAAACAUGUUCCUAUACCACAAGUAGAAGCAACCUCUGUUCAAGAAAUAACAUCGACGAAAGUAAGUCUUGAUGAUAUUUCUAUGUCAUCUGAAGAGAGAGAUAACUUUAUUAUAACAGACACAGAUCCAACUGAAAAUAUUCAGAAAAUAGACGUUGAAGAAGAGAAAGAUAACGACACCUUCUUCGUAGUAAUGAAUAAAUCUCAAAAUGGAGGAAAACCACCUCCAAUUAAUGCUGAAAUAGAAACCAAUGACUUUGACGAUGGAAUAACUAGAAAUGAGCAAGUGAAUAAUAAUGGAGUUGCACAAGUCUUAUUCGGUGAAAUAUUACUAGCAGGUACUCCUUAUUUGGAGACUACGAACGUCGGACAUCCAACGGGUGCUGGUUAUGGUAAAGAAUGUCAACCAGAUUGCAAAGCUUCAAGAAACGAACGUUGCCAACGAAUUGAUGGAGUAAUGAAAUGUGUUUGUAGACCUGGUUUCGCGCGUAUGUUCCCAGACAGACCUUGUAAACCUACAUACACUUAUUCUGUGAGCUUAGCUCUCAAAUCUCAUGGAACUAAGCCUUUGAAAUUCCAUCCUGCCUUGGGAGAUAACUCUACGAAGGAAUAUCACAAUCUUGCUAUUGCUACACACGAAGGUAUCAAUAGAAUGGUUAUGCAGUCUGAUUUAAGAGACGUUUUCCAUGGUGUUCACAUAACUGGCUUCCAUCCAGUACAAAUGAUGGAAAAGAAUGGCGAGAGAUACAAUGGUGUUAUUAACGAUUUUUAUGUUCAGCUGUCCGAUAACGCUCAUGAAUAUAGACUUAAAGAAGUGAUCGAGAAAUAUCUUCGAAACAACAACUACAGUCUCGGUGGAACGGAAGUUCAUGCAGCGGCAGACUUGCUUAACAGACUCAAUGUUAGCGAUUUCGACGAAUGUAUAAGCGGACAUUUCCACGACUGUUCCGAACACGCUAGAUGUUUCAACCUCCGUGGCACCUACACCUGCAGUUGCUUGGAAGGUUUUGCAGAUCUAAGUGUGAAUACUUUAUACCCCGGCAGAAUAUGUUCAUCGGAAGCCGUGGGCUGCGGUACUUGUAACUACCACGGCACGUGUUUCAACAGGGAAAGUACUAUAAUAUGCGAGUGUUUCAAAUGGUACGCUGGGAAGACUUGUCAAGUAAACCUCAAAGCUGUCCUGAUAACCAUAUCAGUGAGUGGGUUGCUGGUGUUAGCGGUGGUCACGAUAUAUGCUUCUAGAAGGUGCUGCAAGGAGCAAGACCCUCAUACGCAGACAUUUGUCAUUGGAUGUAUGCAGGGAAUGCCGAGCUUGCACCAGGGUAAUAUGCCAAAGCAGCGAGCUGAUAGACGAGCGCUUAUAGCAGAAAGGGGAGAAGCGGGUGAAACGUGCAGUGUACAGAAUGCUUCCCUGCCUUACAUCCCUGCCAAGUUGCAGCGACCGCGUGCAUCGAACAGCAAAAAGUGCGUCAUAUCGGACCCCCCGGCGCACUCACCGCCACCUCCCCCCGCGCCCGCAGUGCUUAUACCCCGCGCGAGGCUUCACCCCUUACACUCAGACAGUCGCGACAAUUUAGCAAGAAAGAAGAGUCUAGAAGCUUGCAAUGAAGCAAAGCUGAUCAGCUAUCUGGAGUCGGGAGCAACUAACACUACCGAAGAGAUGAGGAGAAAACACAGUCUAGAAUCUUCAUACAGUGCAAACAAGGACAGGCAUAAUAAACAAGGUGCUCUAAUAUCAGCUGGAUUUAAAGUAUCGACAACAGUUCGUCCCGAGGAAAACGCUAAAGAAGACAGGGACGAUGCUUCUUCUGUGAACAAAACAGACAUAGAUGGACAAUCCCAUUUUGAUACUUUGAGGAAAACAUACAGCCAAGACGACAAUAUAUCUGAAUGGACUGACGCAGAACGGAGGAUUGGAGAAUUAACUCUAUCAGAAGCUAGAUCUGUUGGUGGCACAUUACCAGCCAGCACUGGUAGAGCAGCUUCCUCCACAAGACUCACGCACCAGGAAAACACAAUGGCUGAACGGGACCUGGGCUCCACAUUCCUACUGCCUCACGUGCACCUAUAUAAACCUGAUCCUGCAAGUGACAUAUCCGAAUUUGACUCUCUGUGAACAAACAAUGACAAGGAACAACCGAGGCUUUACCACCAAAGCGAAGAUUUAAUUUAUUCUAUUUAUUCAUAAUUAUAAGUUAACUUAUAUGUUGUUAUCUGCUCCUAAGUAUUCGCAAAAUAGAUUAUGUGUUGACAUUGACAUUGUAAUUGAAUGUCAUUACUGUAUUAAUGAAAUUAGGUAGGUAUACAAACAUACCAAAUAAAUAGAAAUUGAUAUGGACAUUUUUAGGUAAGUUAGGAAAUACUAAUAAAAUAUACUUAUCUUCACUUCAUUUACAUUUAUCACCACUACAGAAUAAUAUUUAAAUGAAAAAAUCCGUCAAAAUGUUCCGCCAUUUUGAUAUGAAUUCAAGAUGGCGAAUUAUAGUGUGAAAGCAAAGAAUGUACAGGGCGUCCCACAGCAUUUUUGUGAACAUAAUUUUACAUCAAAUGUAAAAUUCAUGGUCUUGCUAUUAUUUCUGAUGUAUGUAUAUGAUUAAUGUAGCAAAAACUAAGCGUUUUUUUUUUAAGUAAAACAAAGUCUUUAUCUACCACAUUUAAGCCUUCUCUUCCAUGUGGCAUAGCCGUAGGACGUCCUAUAUAAUUGGUGACAGUUCGAGUUAAAACAUUAUUCGAAUGUAUUAUGAACGUUUUUAGGAGUUCAGAAUUUUUAUCUUAACGUGUGGAUGUUCGAAUAUUAUGAGCAGAUAUAUGUUUCAGUGUAUAUAUUCAGUUAAAACCUAGAAUGCCAUAAUAUACUUAAGUUUAGCUAGAUUAAUAUGAAAGUAAUUUGAAUGGGAAAUCCGUAAAGUGAUUUCUCAUUUGAAGAAUUUUCAGAUGUAGACAUAUUAAUAUUUAUUAUUCCAACGUUAGGGCGUGGUAAAAUAAAAUAAGUGUUAAAAAGAGGCUUUUAAAUAUUUUCUCCAAGGGGAUUGUCAAUAUUUUUAUCGAUUUAACUCUCUUCUAAAAUAUUUUAGGUU